AUUCCAUCGUAAGCUUGUCUGUAAUCUUUUCAACGCCAUCUAAUGAUUUUCAUUCACUAAACGAUAAUAGAAUAUAAUUAUCCGCCGUGAAGCGUUAUCAACUCUACUCAAUGUUGUGAAAAUGUCAUUCGGUUUUUCAAAUGAAGAAGAUGAUGACUUUGGCUCAAUUUCAAUUAAUUCUAAUUUAGCAUCAAUAUUUCACGAUUCGGGGAUCCACCAAUCCAAUUCAAAGUCAUUAAUCUAUACGGCACCUAAACAACCUCCAAGUAGUACACUUCCAACCACAAAGGGCAUGUCCCAAGCAGUUAUUGCUGCAGCUGCUGUCACAUGUUAUAAACUAAAUAAUGAAAAAUAUGAACCACUUCCUGGAAAAAUAGGAUUAGCCUUAUUGGAAGAGAAUGAAAGUAAAACUUAUCGGAUAAUCCUUUACCAAAAUAAGCAGAAACCACUAGCAAGUGUAAGGGUCACCUCAGAAUUUACCAUAAUUAGUCAACCAAACAACUUCUGUACAUUUUAUGAUGACCACAUGCAAAACUGGGCAAUUCUGUUUGAUUCCAAAGAAGUUGCUCAGAAAUUUCUUGGAAAGAUUGAUAAAAUGAAAAAUGUUUUGGCUGGACACAUGAAUAAGCCAUCAUCUGCAGAAGCGUCUUCCAUUGAUAGAAUAGAUGGCUCAUUAACAAACCCUAUUGCAAAUGAAACACUCAGUCAAGAUAGUAACAAAACCAAACUUAUAUCUCGAAUUGCUAAACUUGGUCAGCCCAUUUUACCCCUCAGUGGAGCAAUCGUGGCAGAUGAUAAUAGCGAUUCCGAACAAUUAAUGCAGUCAACUUCCGAACCAGAACCUCUAAAAGAACGAACUAAGCCAAGGAAAGCAGCUAGGCCUGGACCUGUUCUGGCUGCUCAACCUUCGAAUCGGAUUGAUUUCGAUAGCACCCUCAAUUCCAUGAUUGUACCGUCGCAUCAAUAUGCUCCUCUAAUGUCAGGACAACAGCCUUAUCCAAUGAUGCAGUUCCUUCCCCCUGCUUUUACCGGAAAUCAGGGUAAUAGCACCCAUCAUUUUGACACGCUGAUGUCAGAAAAUAGGAUGCAAAGUAGUGAAGUUCGUAUGCAUCUAUGCCGUUUGACUGACAAGAUUGACCUUUUACUGCAGAAGACCGGUGUUUUAGAAUCUCAUCAUAAAGAUAGUAACAAUUCUCGGACUGUUGAGCCACAUCUUGAUGCAAUGGCAACGGAUUUGCAAAAACUUCAUGUCAAAUCAAAUGAGCAUUCGAACAAGCUGAACCUCAUACUUGCCGAAAUAUCAGCUUCAAACAAAAACGUUGAAAAUUCCAUCAAUCCGACGAAGGCAAUAGACCAGUUAUUUUGUAGCGAGCGACAGGUAUGGCUGGAUAGUAGAAAAGAACUGGAAUGUAUUAUCCAGCACCUAAAACAAGAGAAUGAUCGGAUGGUUCAUCAAAUCGGUGAAAAAUCUGACAGAGAAAAGGAGACAGACGUUCGAAUUCAACAACUUCAAGAAGAGAAUGAUCGAUUUAAAGAUGAUCUUGAAACCUCUAACCGGAAUAUGAAAGACGGAACGUUGAAUCAGUUGCGAGAGGAGAACAUGCGAUUAACUUCUUUCUUAGAUAAAUCGUUGCUAAAGGAGAAAGAAUUAGAAAGUCAGUGUAAAAAAGCGCAAGAGAAAUUGGAGUAUUACGAGUCAAGGUCCAAUGAAACUGACAGCCGUCUAUUGCAAUUUAAAAGUCUUGCUGAAGACAAGGAACGGAAACUCUCUGAUCUCCAAGAACAUGUCCAGAAACUGGAAAAAGAGUCUUCAGGUCGGCAGGUUCUUGUAGAAACUCUUCAAUUACAACUUAAAAAUUCUGAAGCGGAAAUCGGAAACAAGUCUAAUCGUGAUGAACAGGAACCAGUGGAAGAGAAAGUUAAGACCAUCAUGAACAAAGUCUACAAGGAGAUCACAAAACAAUUCAAACCUGACGAAAGUUACACAUUCCACACUAUUAAGUCAACCGUUUCGGUGGUUAUACGGGAUAUCACUUUAGCAGUAUUGAACAAGGAACCAACUGUAGAACCAACAUUUGUUUCCCAGACAAUCAGUGUGGAUGUGGAUCACUCGAUAAUCGCAGUGGUGGACGAGACUGAUUCAGCGAAAGUUGUAGAUCCGGAUGUCCAGGGAGACUAUGGGUCUAUUGUCACGGAGGAAAAUAUUAGUGCUCGCGAGGAGAUCGUAGAUACGAUUCAAUCCGAAAACGAAAGCAAAGAGCGUUCUAUUUCAUUCCUAGAAACAUUACACAGCACUUUAGCAGCUGCUAGUCUUCAAAACGAGCACGGAACAAUGUGGAAGCCCGAUCCACCCCCACCCCCCUUAUUCGAUGACUUUGAUAACGAAGACGAUUGGUUAGCUUAGUGGUGUGAAAUACUGAAAUGCCGUUCAGACUAAUAAUGAUGUACUAUGAAGAUAAUGAAUUACACUUUGAAAAUAACAACGAA